CCCAAAACUAAGCCCAAAUAAAAUAAGGGUAGUAACGUAAUUGAGCUAAGAAACCCUAGAGGUCUCCUUCGCCUACAAAAUCCCCAUUUUGAUAAUCUUCAGCAGCCGUUGCCUCAAAAGAUGCAGAUCUUCGUGAAAACCCUAACGGGGAAGACCAUAACCCUUGAGGUUGAAUCAUCCGACACCAUCGACAAUGUGAAGGCGAAGAUCCAAGACAAGGAAGGAAUCCCACCGGACCAGCAGCGAUUGAUUUUCGCCGGGAAACAGCUUGAAGACGGCCGUACCCUCGCCGACUACAACAUCCAGAAGGAAUCGACGCUUCAUCUCGUCCUCCGUCUCCGUGGUGGUGCUAAGAAGAGGAAGAAGAAGACUUACACCAAGCCGAAGAAGAUCAAGCACAAGCAUAAGAAGGUUAAGCUCGCUGUUCUUCAGUUUUACAAAAUCGAUGGAUCUGGAAAGGUUCAGCGUUUGAGGAAGGAGUGCCCUAACGCAACCUGUGGAGCUGGGACUUUCAUGGCGAGUCAUUUUGAUCGCCAUUACUGUGGUAAGUGUGGACUCACCUACGUUUACCAGAAAGAAGGAGUUGAAGCUUGAUCUGUUGUAGCGGUAGAUCGAUCCUUCUCUUUCUCUCUUAUCUUUUAAAAACUGCAUUUCUAUUUGGGAAUUUUGUAAGCUCUUUAAUUUGAGUUAUCAUGGAUUCUAUGUUGAACAUCUUUCGUUCUGGAUUAUAAAUUAUGGAAGGUUUUAGGAUUUUAUGGAUAUUCAUUAUGUUGUUCGUUCUAUACUUUGAUAUUCAUUGGUUGCUACUUCUUGAAUCAUCCUAUAACGUAGUUGUGAGAGCAUUUCAAAUCAUUUGUUUGCAGAUUUAUAGAUGAUUUGCAAUGGCAACGUAGCGGAAUUUAUGAUUUGUCUUGUAUUCUUUUUAGUCAAGUGAUUAAUUCUCGAAUAAUAUUCGAUCUAGGAUUUUAGUUUUGUGAUGAGUGAUUAGUUUC